AGUCUGUGCUGGGCGGGAGCGGGGAGCCGGUAGCCCGUAGCAUAGUCUAACAUUGACAAAAUCAAUCAAUUCGCAAAAUGGCGGAUGGCGGCGUGGAUAUAGAUUUAUACGCUGAUGAUAUUGAGUCUGAUUUUAAUAGACAGGACGAGUUUGGAGGAGAUAAUGUAGAUUUAUACGACGAUGUAAUAGCUGCCCCGCCUACGAAACCAGAAGAUGGAGAUGGUCCACAAAACUCGGGGUCGCAACAUCCUCCAGAGGAGACUAAUGGAAAUGCGCCGUAUCACAACGCUCCAAGCCACGGGCAUCAUGGCCGCCGCUUUCAGCUUUACGUCGGCAACCUAACUUGGUGGGCAACUGAUCAAGAUAUAGCUAAUGCCAUCGCAGACGUUGGCGUAACAGAUUUUCAAGACGUGAAAUUCUUCGAGAACAGGGCCAAUGGACAGUCGAAGGGUUUCUGCGUCAUAUCUUUGGGUUCUGACCAGUCCAUCCGGAUGGUCAUGGACCGUUUGACCAAGAAGGAGAUACACGGUCAACAUCCCGUUGUAACGCUGCCAACGAAACAGGCACUUAAUCAAUUUGAGAGUCAAUCCAAGACGAGGUCAACGCCGCCAGGUCCAAACCCUGGAAUGAGAGGACCACCCGGACAUCCUGGUGGUCCACCGGGACCUCACCCAGGAGAGUUCUAUGGUGGUGGACCCAACGGGCCGGGGCCGAAUGGUCCCCGAAUGAUGAUGCCAGGACCGGGAGGCCCUCAUCACCAAAUGCGUGGACCUCCACCCGGACCACACGGGCCUCAUGGCGGCCCUCCACACCAUAUGCAACAACACCAGGGCCCUCCGCCUCAUCAUAUGCCUCCGCACCAGGGACCCCCGCCACAUCAAGGGCCCCCACAGCAUCGGCCGCCCAUGCCAUAUAACGAUAUGCAGCGUCAAGGCGGUCGCGGAGGUGAAUGGGGUGCUCGAGGGCCCCACAUGCAGCCUGCACCGGGACCUCAGUAUGGCCCACCGCAGCACCAGAUGCCACAUCAGAUGCCCCCACCCCAUGCUCCCCCAGGUCAAGGCUUGCCGCCACCCCAUCAUCAGCUGCCUCCACACCAGCAAGGACCUCCAAGAGGUCCUGCCCCAUUACCCCAGCAUCCUGGUGUAGUGGGCGUAGGCGGUCCCGCCCCUCACGUGAAUCCGGCAUUCUUCAACCAGCAGCCGCCGGUGCAGACAGCACCGCCUGUUCAACCGGGACCCCAGCCUGGACCACCUGCCCCUUACGGACACCCGGCACACGCUGCCCCUCCACCCACUCAGGGCCCACCGCCAGGGGCUAGAGCCCCCUAUGGAAGACCACCUCAGGUGUACCCCCCAGGUCCCGAGGCCCGACCAGGGCACCCCGCUACCUUGGGUCCCCACGCGCCCCAUGCGGCCCCUCACCCCGCGCCUCACCCGCACCCUCCGCAUCCCGUCAUCAGCGAAGCCGAGUUCGAGGAGGUCAUGAGCAGGAACCGAACGGUGUCGUCUAGUGCGAUCGCGCGUGCAGUCAGUGAUGCUGCCGCCGGAGAAUACGCGUCCGCCAUAGAGACGCUGGUUACUGCUAUCUCGCUCAUCAAGCAGAGUAAGGUAGCCCACGACGACCGCUGCAAGAUCCUAAUAUCGUCUCUCCAAGAUACCCUUCACGGCGUCGAAACAAAGUCCUACGGUGGGGAAAGACGUCGUUCGAGGUCUCGGGAACGAGAUGCGAGGGCUCAUCACCGCGCUCCUAGGAGACGGGAGAGGUCUGCCAGCAGAUACCGGGACAGGUCCAGGGAUAGAGAAGACAGAGAUCGGUAUAGGGAAAGGUCGAGGGACCGCGACCGAGAACGCGAUCGUGACGCGUAUUACCGCGAUUACCGUGAACGUGAGCGGGACAGGUCCAGGUCGAGGGAAAGAGAACGUGCUGACCAUUACAAUAGAGGCCACAGUCGAGAAGAAAGGCCACGUAAAUCCCCAGUGGAAGCGGUAGCGGAACCGGGAGCGGGCGAUGCUAGCGGAAAGAGCCGUUCAGCUGCCGCGCCUUACUAUGACGAGAGGUACCGAGAGAGGCGUGACCGUGACCCCCCGCCGGCUGACCGUGAUCGUGACCGCGACCGUGAACACAGGCGGGAUGCCAGGCAUUAGGGCUCCGAUGCUAAGGCACAAGAGCCUUGCACUAUACGUAUUGUACCGUAUAUGUACGUAAACUUAGCGUAUACGUUGCGUAUACGUGAAUUUGCGUAGGUACAGUAAUUUAAAAAAUAUUUUUUCAGAAAGCAUUACUUGUUUGUUAAGUAUAUAAACAUGUAUUUCAUUUGUGAAUUUAAGUAAUAUUGUAGUCUGAAUUACAAAUCGAUUAUUUAGAACUUAACUCUCUUAUUCAUUGAAAAAAUCUGUCUAAUUUAACCUAAACUUCUCGGUCUCUUCUCAUCACAGCAUUAAUUGAGAUUGAGAGAAUUGCAUUUUUUAAAUUUAUCGGACCCUUACAGGCACGCGAUCAGGGAUUGCUUAAAGGUGUCUUCCACCGGCCCGAUGUCCUCAUGAUAUAUAUGGGCAAGUGUUAGACCUAUAGUGAGAGUGUACCUCUAGUGCUGUUUAUCGUUUUGACAUAUUUGUCAAUUUCAUGGCAGAAUUACAGCUGCGAUGCGAACGGUAGCCCAUCCCGGGAUACCGCCAUGCCAGUCUCGUGCAUAUCGCACCUGGGUUUGAAAGUCGGACAGUCUACAGAAUAAUGGUACUGGUAAAUUAAGUACCAGUUGGUCGGUACUUGUCUUAAGUUUGAAUCUGUAAAUAGUGUCGAAGAGCACGUGGCCAGUCAGGAUUUGCGCCAUGUGAGCUGCGAGGCGCCUUGGCCUGACUUGUAUUCCACUAACAUUUUUGUGACAGGUUGUUUCGCCCCCGCAUAGCGUUACUUCAUCUAGGCUUUAGGUUUGUGAAUAAGGGAAAUAGGUUAAAUUAUUGGUUAUUUUUUAUUUAAAUACAGUUCGAAUUAUUUAUAAUACCAAAUAUGAACAAAUUGACACUAAAAGAGAUUCUAUCUCUUAUUUUUUAUCUGUAUCAACAUUCCAUUACUUCUGUUGGUACUAUUCAAUGAUUUCUAUGACUAUAAACAUAGUGUAUGAUUUUCUGUUAUAGAUUACAUCCUGUUUAGACACAUUAAGUACUAAUUAAGAUAGUUAAGGUUUAGUAUAGAUAUUGUUCUGUACCAAUAAUUUACUGAUUAAAUUGAUAUAAUUUA